CGCGCUCCCGACACAGGCACAGCGGCGGAGAAGAAGAACGAUGUUCCAGGUGCAGCUGCAGGACUCUCUGAUUGGUGGAGACUCGUAUCAGCUGGUUUCUCUUCUUCAGUCUGAAGGUCUGAGUAGCUCCGCCCUCAACACUCUCGACCAAUGGGUUACCAAGGAUCUGAGUGGGCGUGGCUUCAGCAGAGUCGUGGUCGUGUUGAAGUCUUUACGGAUCCUGUCAGAGAACAGAGGCGACGUUCAGACGCUCCUAGAUUAUGGACUGACUACAAAAGUGUUGCUGUGGUUCAAGGCUGUCUGUGACUUACUGACCUCUGACCUCCAUAAAAGCUCCGCCCCCCUGCUGAGCCUGACUGAGGAGUUCUUCGACUACUUCCUGGUCCUGUCUCAGGCGUCUCUCCCAGUCAGUCAGCUGUCUGUGGUUCUUCUUCAGUUGGCUCAGUUCACUCUGGAACCAGAACUCCACUUCCCCCUGAGACUGGAGGCCAUCAGAACCUUUAACAGCAUCUUGGAGUCUCUGAGCCGAGAGCAGCGGAGACUGAUCCAGAACGAGCAGAACCAGAACAAGAUGCUGGAGAAGGUGGCAGCAGCCGUCCUCACAGUUGGUGACUACGAGCUGCAGGUUAGCCUAUCAGAGGCUCUGUGUCGUCUGACACCCAGGAAGGAUCGACAGCAGAGAGCCAAUCAUUGGUUCUGCAGUAGUGACAUCAGUGGCGCAUUUUGUGACAUCAGAGACGGAGACUUUGAGGUGGACUGCAGACGUUUCCUGAAUUUUGUGAACCGUUACCAUGGCGACCAGAGGAGAAUCUACACCUUCCCUUGUGUCCGGGCGUUUCUUGAUUCCACUCAGCUGUUUCCACCAAAAGACGACAAACUGGACGAGUUCUGGAUCGAUUUUAACGUCGGUUCAGGAUGUGUGAGCUUCUUUGUCGACGAGCCUCAGGGUUUCCUGUGGGGCUCCAUCCACCUGCUCAGAGAGGAUGUUGAUAACUUCAUUCUUCAAGUCACACAAGACGAAUGCACUGCGGCGAAGACGGUCCUCAGUGUUCAGCUGAUCAAUCCCAUCAUGCAUCACAGCAGCCGAGGUCAGAAGGUGGAGCUGAGCUUCAACUAUGAACAUCAGAGAGAACUGGAGGAGGCUGCGGAGAGAGUCUUCACGAGAGUGAAGGGCGCCCCCUGUGGUUCAGAGCCAGGGGAUCCAGUCAAGGCCCCGCCCCCUGCAAAGGGACCCGGUCGAUCGUACAACAGGAAGAAACCACAGAGCAAGAGUCAGCUGAAGAUUCUGCCCCUGUCGUCUCCCAGCAGCGACGAUGACUCCUCAGUGAUGAAGAACUCAGGAAAAAGUCGAGCUGAGUUUCUAUUUGAUCAGAUCAGACACUCGACUCCGAAGUACGACUCAGGUGCUCCUGUCCAUGCAGAGCCACAGGUCUCACAGGAACACGAGUUUGCAGGAAGUAGUUCUCCAAUACUAACGGAAGUGUUCAGCAGAGAGAGGAAGAGAGUCGCUGCAGACUCAGGUUACCUGUCAGACCAAACUGAGGGCACGACGGCCAAUAAGAGGAGGGUGGAGCCUCAGACAGAAGAGGAGGAGCCUCAUUCAUCAAUGACAGAAUGUUCACCGGAGGAGGCGGGGCCUCCAACAGGAGAGGAGGGGGUGUUUGAAGACUGGGCGGGUUCUAAUGACAAGAGGGAGGCGCCCGUAAACACACCGGGGUCGGGGCCGGAGUCAGAACUGACGUCAGACAUCACGGCUGCUUUCAGAAGCUUCAAAGAACGACUGGAGCACAACUUCACCGUCAGUAGCCCCCGGUCAGUCUGUGGUUCUCCAUCAUCAGCAUCAUGUUCUGACCUCCACUGUUCUCAGGGCGGCUGGACCACGAUUCAGAACCAGGUUCUACUGUCGCUGAGAGAGAGUCAACAACAGGUGUCAUCACUGCUCACAGCUGUCCAUCAACACAGGUUGUUGCUGUUGCAGAAGUUUGAAAACGACGUCACUGAUCAACUCAAACAAUUGGAAGAAAACUCAACAACUGUGAACAGCAUGAACACACAGAUACUGAGUUUUUUCCAGAAUGAGAUGCAGCGACUCGGCUCCUUCUGCGACGAACAUCAGCAGCGGUUGAAAUGUUUGGUGAACGGACAAUCAGAAAAUCCUUCCACUCAGUGAAGGAGAGACGACGUCGUCCUAUCAGAGAAUUCUUCAGAUCUGGUUUCAGUCGUCUAUUGGGAAUGAAAAUCCAGAUCAAUCAUCGUUUUCACAUUUUUCUGAUGUUUGAGUUUUUUUAUUUUUCUACUUGAGUUAAAGGGUCAGACUCUUCUGACUGAGACAAAUAAAGAAAAAUAAAGAGUC